AUGGAAAAUAUCACGGCAGAUCAGUGGAAAGUGAUUGUGAACAAAAAGUUGCAUUUUCCUCCUGAGCUGAUUGCUGCCAUCCAUGAGGGAAAUGUUGUGCUUGUUAGCAAGCUGCUGUCCACUGGGGACGGCAUCAUUCGCCAGCUGGAUGACUCUGAAGACAGACUAUGGAGGGAGGCCCUCAACCUCUCCAUCCGCCUGGGCAAAGAAAACAUGAUGACCACCCUGUUUCUGGGGGUCAAGUUUGACUUCCGUCAGAUCCAUGAAGCCCUCCUUGUCGCAGUGGAUACCAACCAGCCACGGGUCGUGAAGCUACUGCUAGACCGGCUUGACCAGGAGAAAGGCAACAAGAUGGACGUGCGCUCCUUCUCGACAGCCAUCUUUGAUAGCUCGAUUGACGACUCUCAGUUUGCCCCAGGGGUCACUCCGCUAACGCUAGCCUGCCAGAAAGACCUGUAUGACAUUGUUGCCAUGCUGACCCAGAGGGGCCACGACAUCCCCCUGCCCCAUUCCAUCUCCUGCAUCUGCCUGGAGUGCCGCAACGCUCGACAGUACGACCUGCUCAAGUUCUCCCUCUCCCGCAUCAACACCUACAGAGGAAUUGCCAGCCGUGCCUACUUGUCCGUCACUGCAGAGGACUCCAUGCUCAGUGCCUUCCACCUCAGCCGUGAGCUCCGCAGGCUUUCCAAGAAAGAGCCAGAGUUUAAGCCCCAGUACCUGCAUCUGGAGGGGUUGUGUCAAGAGUUUGCUGUGGAGCUCCUUGCCAUGUGCCGGAACCAGAGUGAGGUCACCACCAUCCUGAACAACUGUGAAAGUGAUAGCGAUGACGACGUAGAUGACCGAACGUUCGAUGAAGGAAUCCCCAACUUAUCCCGCCUGCGUCUAGCCGUCAACUACAAUCAAAAACAGUUUGUGACUCACCCCAUCUGCCAGCAAGUUCUCUCCUCCAUUUGGUGCGGGAAUCUCUCCUGGUGGAGAGGAAGUAAAACGGCAUGGAAACUUCUGGUGUCUCUCGGCAUCUUCCUCACCAUGCCCUUCCUGUGUCUCGUCUACUGGUUGGCCCCCAAGUCCAAGUUUGGGAAGAACAUGAAGAUCCCUGUGAUUAAAUUCUUGCUCCAUUCUGCAUCUUACAUGUGGUUCCUAAUCACUCUCCUGGGCGAGUCCAUCUUCAUGGAGAUUUAUCGAGAUGACUUUGCUUCACGCAACCAGAACUUCCUUCACAACUCUCUACACAUGGUUUGGGUGGUUGGUUUCUUCUGGUUUGAAUGUAAAGAGGUCUGGCUUGAAGGGCUCAGAAGCUACUUCCUGGACUUCUGGAACAUUCUGGACAUGAUGGUGCUCAGCAUGUACCUGGCCUCUUUCGCACUGCGAGUUGUCAUCAUGUUGAGGGGAUACAUUGUGUGUCAGGAUUCAAAUGCUGUUGAAGAAUGUUUUUACUUCACAGAAUCAGUGCGACACGACUGGCGACAGGAGGACCCACAGUUCCUCUCCGAGAUCCUGUUUGCCGUCACCAGCAUGCUCAGCUUCACCCGCCUUGCCUACAUCCUGCCUGCCCAUGAGUCCCUGGGGACCCUGCAGAUCUCCAUCGGAAAGAUGAUUGAUGACAUGAUGAGGUUCAUGUUCUUGCUGAUGAUAAUUGGAACCGCAUUCCUCUGUGGACUCAACAAUAUAUAUGUGCCUUAUGUUAUCUGUCCACACCUUGGGAAGUUUAAUGAAACAAUAAACUUCCUGUUCUGGACCAUGUUUGGAGUGGCCAACCAGGAUUAUGUGGAUAUGCCAGCAUAUGUAUUAGCCGAAUUUAUGGGAAGAAUUCUUUAUGGGGUAUUCACUUUGGUAAUAGUCAUCGUGCUUCUCAAUAUGCUUAUAGCUAUGAUUACCAAUUCCUUCCAAAAGAUUGAGGAUGAUGCUGAUGUUGAAUGGAAAUUUGCUCGUUCUAAACUGUACCUGAGCUACUUCAGAGAGGGCCUCACCAUGCCCGUGCCCUUCAACAUCAUUCCUUCACCCAAGGCCCUGUUCUAUGCCGUGAGGGGCACCUUUCGAAUGCUUUGCUGUUGUUGCAGAGUCAAGAGCAAUCCAGAAUAUCCUCCAAUAGCAUCAAUGUCCAACAGCACACUGAACAACGGUGGGGGACAAGGGGAGAGCCGGUUGCCAUAUCGCGUGCAGGUUAUGAAGGCCCUGGUCCAGCGUUACAUUGAGACGGCACGGCGUGAGUUCGAGGAGACCAAGCGCAAAGAUGUGGGGAACAGGAUCACAGAGCUGAGUAUGGUUGUGGGAAGAGUGCACGCGGAGAUGAAGAACCUCCACCAGACCCUUGCAAGUGGUCUGGAAAGCCAGGGCAUAACCACCAACACUGAGGGCAGCAACGUCCUCAGCAAAUACAUCAUGGGAGCCAAAAACAACUUCCGGGGCUUCGACAACAAGGCGGCGUGGCAAAGCGGCUCCUCACCUCUGGAGGUGGCUGUGCACAUAGAGGAUGAGCAGGAACAGGAGGAAAAGAAGGAUGAAGAGACAAGGCAGGAAAAGAAAGAUGAAGGGGCAAAAGAGGGAAAGACAGAUGAA